AUUUUCCCAUUAAAUUACAAUCCCGAAAUUAAAAUUUUCCCUUUAACUUCUUACACGGCCUGUGAAAUUGUGGAAAAAAUCACAUUACAGUCGCAGUCUCAUAGUUACAUUCCAGUCUCAGUCUCAUAGUCACAUUCCAGUCUCAGUCUCAUAGUCACAUUCCAGUCUCAGUCUCAUAGUCACAUCCCAGUCGCAGUCUCAUCGUCACAUUCCAGUCACAGUCUCAUAGUCACAUUCCAGUCAUAUAUUGUCUCAUAGUUACAUUCAAGUUUCAGUCUCAUAGUCACAUUCCAGUCUCAGUCUCAGUCACAUUCCAGUCUCAGUCACAUUCCAGUCUCUAGUCACAUUCCAGUCGCAGUCUCAUAGUAACAUUCCAGUCUCAUAGUCACAUUCCAGUCUCAGUCUCAGUCACAUUCCAGUCUCAGUCACAUUCCAGUCGCAGUCUCAUAGUCCCAUUCCAGUCUCAGUCUCAUCAGUAUGGAAGAAGUCAAGAGUUCAGUAGAGGAGUUGCCGCUGGCUUCCAUGUCGACAUUGGCCGGCAUUCCAGGCUCAUAUAUGGUUCUGGAGUGGGGGCGAGGCUUGGACUCAUGGUUCUGGAGUCCAUCGUUCUGGCUUCCAGAAGGCUACAGCUGGGAAGACCUCAAGUCUACUGAGCACAAACAGUAUCCAGAGUUCAGAGAAAUCCUAACCUACCCUGUAGUAUUUGCCUUAUUCAUCUUGGCCUUUCGAUUUUACAUUCUUAAUCCAUUUUUGUUUGAGCCUUUCGCUCGCAGAGCUGGACUCAAAUAUAAGCGAUACGUUCCUCCUCCUAGAAACGAUUAUCUUGAGAAGCUUCUUGAUGGGAGAUCAAAUCUGCCUGAAAAGGAGUUGUGCGCCGCGGCCAAAAAACUUGGAUGGACGACCAGAGAAGUAGAACGAUGGGUUAGGCAGAAGAAACAGGGCGGCAAGCUGACUAAACUUGAUAAAUUUCAAGAAUCGGUGUUCAUUACGUCAUACCACAUAAUUAUCAGCAUCUAUGGGUUAUACAUAAUGAUAGGAAAGCCGUGGCUGAAGGAUAUUUCCCAUACAUGGUUAGGUUAUCCUCUGCAUGAAAUCGACAACUGGCAGUGGUGGUACUACAUCAUCAGCGUUAGUUUCUACUUCGCCUUGUGCGUGUCUCACCUACGUUGUGGGCUCACAUCUUACUUCCACCAUGCGUGUACCAUUCUCUUGUUGGUAUUUUCAUGGUCUUGCAACCUUGUACGUGUAGGGUCACUUGUGCUGCUCAUACACGAGUGCGGCGACAUCUUCCUACAGUCCAUUAAGAUUUGCCAGUACCUAAAGAAGCAGCGAGCAGCGGAUGUUUUGUUACCAUUCUUCCUUAUUGUUUGGAUUUCAACGCGAGUAAUUUUAUUCCCGUUUUGGGUUUUCAAAAACAUGUAUUUUGAAGCUCCAAAGUUUAUUUUCAUGCCUGCAGGUUAUAUGUUUUAUGUCUUACUGCUAGGACUCUUAGCUCUGAACGUCCUGUGGACUGGAAUGAUAGGCCUCGUCAUCGUCAAAAGCUGCUUGCAAGGUAGGACUGUUGAAGAUAUACGAUCCGCUGAGUCCAGUAAUGAUGGUAAUGAUGAAAAUGAGAAGGUGAAGGAUCAAUGAUGGCUCAGAUAUAUCGUAUCAUUCGUCAUUUCAACAUACUCUGGAACGCUCUGGUUUUAUAAACGUCUGGAAAGCUCAUUGAAUUUUUUUUUUUUUUUUGUGAUGUUAGCUGUUAUGAAAUUGUUUGAACUUGGAUCUUUCAUUGAUUUUGUCGUCACAUGAAUAGUCGGGUGAUUGCUAAGCCAGUGAAUGAGGUUUUCCGAUGAAUAGAACGUAACUGAUAUGUUGGAUAUUUGUUGAAUUUGAAGUAAAACAAUUAUUUUUUAACUAUAUUAGCUCUAGCGACGUAUGCAUCGUUCUCGAAUUUUCUACGAAAAUCAGUGAUUUGGAAACAAUAUGUAUAUCAAGUUUAAAAUACCUUGGUAAUGUGGUUGGCCAUAUUAAAAUUUUGAGUGAAGCCGAUGCUUCGAAUGCCACUUGGGAGAUCGAAAUAAAGAAUAAACCUCUUGCCCUCCUUCAAUAAAAAUAUGCGCGAUGUAAUAUUACCUAGAAUUUGAAUGUACAGGGAAAUUGUGCACUAUUGUAAGCAGUGUUGUUUUUAAUUCAAUGGUUUAAUGGUUUGCAUGGAAUUUUCCAUCCAAUACCUGUUCAGUGUUAAAAAGGCAGCUGCAUUAAACUGCAGAAUGUCACCUCAUCAUUUCUAGUUUUGUGUGUUGUUUUCAUUUUGUAACAUCUCUAUUUGCUAAAUAUUUAUCGAUAGAUCUUACAACUCAGAUACGAAUGACACUAUGAAUGUGAAGUUGGUCUCUCAAAAAUGAGGGUAGACAAUGUUAUCGUGUUGUUUUAAUACUGUUUGUUAUCGUGUAACCAUUUGUGAAUGUGAUUAUAUAAUAAACAAUUGAGAAGAUUGUUACUUCCAAUGGGUGCUUGGUGCUUGCUUAUAAUACCGGUAUCAAGAUUGAUUUCUAAAAACAGAAGGGUGACACGCUUUAUAUUAAGGAAUGAUUGUUUGAAAAAGAGAGGUGGCUUACUUAAUAUUAAGGAAGAUUGUUUCAACGAAGGAGUAACUUGCUUAAUAUUAGCGAAGAUUGUUUAAAAAAGAGGACAGGCUUGCUCAAUAUUAUAGAAUUUUGUUUGAACUAAGGGGGUAAAUUGCUUAAUAUGAAGAAAGAUUGUUAGAAACUGAGAGGUGACUUGCUUAAUAUCAAAAAGAUGGCUUGAAACAGAGGAGUGGCUUGCUUAAUUAAUAUUAUAGAAUAUUGUUUGAAACAGAGGGGUGACUUGCCUAAUAUUAAGGAAGAUUGUUUGAAACAGAGGGGUGACUUGCCUAAUAUCAAGAAAGAUUGUUGGAAACAGAGGGGUAACUUGCCUAAUAUCAAGAAAGAUUGUUGGAAACAGAGGGGUGACUUGCCUAAUAUCAAGAAAGAUUGUUGGAAACAGAGGGGUGACUUGCCUAAUAUUAAGGAAGAUUGUUAGAAACAGAGAGGUGACUUGCAUAAUAUUAAGGACGAUUGUUUUGAAACGAAAGGGUGACUUGCCUAUUAUUAAGGAAGAUUGUAAGAAGCACUUGUUAGCAAUCGAGUUGAUGCAACUGUAGAUGUCUUCCUCGGAAGUCUUACUUAUUGCGACUCCACUUGCUUGUUCCUAUCAUGCAAAAUUCGCCAUGUGCAUUUUCAUGUCAUAUGAUUUAUUUAUAAAUUUAAAUCAUAUGAAAUGAAACUUAUGACAAUACUGCCACAUAAACGUAAGUGAUGCCUCGCUUAUUUUAAAUUGUUUCUUUUCCAAAUAAUUGUUAGACGAAUAUUAAUGAUUGUGAGACAUUAUUUUUGACACAUUGAUUUGCACCUAAGAAUGUUUUUCAAGAGAAUUACAAUUGCUUUCUGCUCAACAUGACUCAUGUUGGCUUUGUGCCUAAAUUGUUUUUCAUAAACUUGCAUUGCGCAUUGAACGCAUAAACCUUUAAUGGGACCAGAAUGGAGGAUAAAUAAUAGGUUUAGUCGAAUGAAGCUAUACGAGUAAACAGUCCAUAAAAAACUAUUUUUCGAUGAUAAUGAACAUCAGAAAUCUUCAAAGCUUUUUCGCGUAAUAUGUCGGAAAAUAGGAAGUGAAGUAAGUCAGGUACUCACUUUAUAUUGAAGUGAGGAACUUGGCCGAACACAAAAACAAGUUAAAGUGGCAACGGAAUGAAUUUCCGUGCAUUUUACGAUCAGAAUUUUAUGUAGAUAAGUUUAAAGCAUCGUUAUCGAAAUUUUUAUUAUGCUGCGUUGUAUUUUUUUAAGCAAAAUGUACAGCACACGUCACGCUUCUUAUGUCGUAAUAUUUGAUAUUUAAAUGUCAUAUAUUACGAUGGUUCUAAUAUUAUAAUA